CGAGCAUCCGCCUUCCGCACCGGGGCGAAUUCGCCAUGCCGCUGCCUUCUCUCCAACCCAAAAUACUUCCUGCAGCUUUCCCCCCACCGCCGCCGCUCUUUGGCAAAGCCCAGUUGAUUUCCAAACCCUCCAUGGCUGCUGGGGGUUGGUGCAAAGGUUUAAUUAUUUGCUCUUCCUCGGGAGUGGAGCGCCGGGACAGGGAGAAGGUCAGGUCCCGCCGUCAGCGGCUGCAAAGCGCAGCUGGUGGUGCGUGUGGCCCCUCUCCCAGCCCUUCCUUCCCCAUCUUCCAGAGCCCACCAUGGCUCUGCAGGCAUUUUGGGGCUCCAUCUCCCUGCUUUGCUGCUCCUUCCUGAGCACGGCAAAAGGGGACCCGCAGGCGCUCUCCUUCCCAGCCGGCAGGCAGUACCAGUACCGCUACGCCCUGGCCAUGAGGCUGGACCCCCUGGCCGUGCUGUCCCCCGGGGGAGGCUGGCUGCAGGCGGAGGCGCUGCUCGGGGUGCGCCGGCUCUGGAGGGACCCCGGCGGGGAGGAGCUGCUCCGGGUGCAGAUCCAGGAGCUGAAAGCCCGACAGCAGCCAGAAGAGGCGAAGGGGCAGGCUGGUGCCGGAGGUCCCCCCGCGGAGAUCACGCUGAGCCCGGAGGCACAGGCAGAGCUCCAACAGCCAAUUUUCAUCUCCUGGAGCAGCGGCAAGGUCAAAGCCCUCUAUGGGGACGAAGCAGAAGGCACCCUGAUCUCCAACCUGAAGAGAGGCAUCGCCAGUCUGCUCCAGCUGCAGCCCCACGCCGGCACCGCUGUCGAGGAGGACGCCUCUGGAAGCUGCCGGGUCACAUACACCGUGUCCAACCACUCCAUCACAAAGGCAAAAGACCUCCUCAGCUGCACGAAGCCAAAAUUGGGAUUCAGCUCUGUGAACAAGAUUUUUGGAGUCCAGUGGCAGCCCACCAGCAGGAGCCAGUACGUGGUGAAAGCCGGCGUGCUCCAGUCAGUGCUGGCGGAGGAAAGCCACAUGGUGGCUCUAGCCCUCAGGUCCACCACUGGCAUCAAAAUCAGCUCAAGGCAGCAGCUCGAGCUGGUGUCCUCAUCUCCUGCCCCAGAAGAGGAGGCCAGAAGGAGCCUGGAGGACGCGCUGGCUGGCACGGAUGGCCAGCACCAGCCCCUGGGCAUGGCCAGCCUGCCCUUCAGGAGGGGCUGCACCCACUGCCCCUCGCUGGUAGCCUACCUGAAGACCUUUGACGGCCAGAAAGCCAAGAGGGACGUCUCGCAGGCAGCAGCGUGGCAGUUCCAGAGGUUCCUCCAGAUGCUGCGUGGUGCCAAGAAGAGAGAUGUGCUGCAGCUGCUGAAGAGGGCUCCCGAGGAGAUGCUUCCCUUCAUCGUGGAGGCAGCGGUGGCCGCGCAGUCGGUGGCAUCCUUGGCAGCUCUCUCAGAUUUCCUUGACUUCAGCAAGGAGCCCAAGUCCCUGCUGGAGACAUUUCUCUAUGCAGCAGCUUUCUCCCCCCGGCCUUCAAAAGAGCUCCUCCGCUUGGUGCUGGACAAGCUGGAUGGGAAGCAGCUGGCCCCCGAGGUGCGGGAGACGGGGGCGAUUGCCCUGGGCUCCCUGGUGGGCAAGCUGUGCCAGCAGCGGCUGCGUGGGCUGCAGGAGGUGGAGCGUGGCGUUGAAGCCAUCCUCGCAGGGCUGAGGGGUGCCAAGGAGGAGCCCGAGGUGGUGAUCCACCUGCUGGCCCUGGGGAACGCGGCGCUGCCCGAGACCAUCCCCAUCCUCCUGGAGCACGCAGAGGAAGGCCCCGCUGCCAUCUCAUCCGCAGCAAUCUCUGCCCUGAGGAGAUUCCCUGCCCGGCACAUCUCCAGCGAGGUGAAGAGGGCCAUGAGGAGGAUUUUCCACGAGAAGAGGAAGAACUACGAGAAAACGUGCCGCCUGGCCGCCGCAGAAAUCCUCCUGGACAGCCAGCCCCUGCCCAUGGAUGUCAUCAACAUCCUGCUGGCCACGGGGGAGAUGGAAACAGAAACGGCGACGUUCCUGCUGCGCAAGGUCCAGAGCAGCCUGCGUGCCCCCCACCACCCCGCCAGGGAGAUAAUGAAGGACAUCAUGGGAGACCCCCAGAUAAACAACUACCACCGCUUCUCGAAAGCUGGCAUCUCCUCCUCCUUCUUGGGGCCUCUGACAGCCACCCAGGACCUGCUCUCCACUUUUGGGCUGGAUCUGCUGUUUUUGGAGGGCGGGUUCCUGAGAAAGAGCGUCUCCGACUUCUCGCUGCUCAGCCACAACAGGCGGCUCCGUGCGGCUCAGGUCACUAUCGAAGCCCAAGGGAUGGAGUCCAUGCUGGGAGAGAGCGUCCUGGAAGGGGAAGAGGAGACAGAGCUCAUGGCCGGGAUGUCCGCUGUCUUCUUCGACGUUCAGCUGCGGCCGGUCGUCUUCUUCCAGGGGUACGCAGACCUAAUGGCCAAGGUCCUGCUGAGCAGCGGGGAGCCCACAAGCGUGGUCAAAGGGAACCUCCUGCUGAUGGACCAUCACCAGGUCAUUCCCCUACAGUCCGGCCUCCAAGUGGUGGUCAAAGUCCUGGGCGGGCUCGGCCUCGACAUUUCGGCCAACGUGGACGUGAACAUUUGGGAGCAGGAGCUGAGGACCAGCAUCAAGACCAGGGGAAGCCUCGCCAUCGAUUUCCAGGCAGAACUUGAUGCCCCUUUCCUCCAAACCACCGUGAGAAGCCAGACGGAGGCAGAGUCCUCCAUCCACUUCGACACCUUCCUGAGGUUCUCCAGCAGCCCGGUGCUCAUGUGCCUGCAGCUGAGAGAGGAGCAGGUCCCAUACAGGGAGAUCUUCACAGUCUCCAGAUCUGCUGGGAACCAGAGCAGCACGGCUCGGAAGGGCAGGCAUGGUGCCGUGCCCAGCCGGGAGCUGGCCCUGCACCGGGACAACUCCAGGGCGUGCAGCCUCCUGCUAGCAGCAGAGAAGGAGGCAUAGGAGAACCAGAGCACUUUGGGACUGGGUUACUGCAUCCCCUCCUGCCACGUGCCCCAAUUCUCCAUGAGCCCAACGUGCCCUGCCCAAUUCCACCACAGCCACGCUGGGAAAUGCUGAAAUGGGGGCUUCAGAAGA